CAGGCGUAGUGAUGGCGAACGAUUGUGCGUGUGCUGACGAUGUGUCCUCGUCUAACUGACAAAUUCGACCUUGUGCUCAAAAUCGAGACUAUUUGGUGAGCUGUGAAAGAAGUCCCAUGGCAACCAGUGAGGUGGCAAUGCCAUCUGCUCGCAGCAGCAGUGAUGGUGCGGCGGCCAGUGAAACCCUGGCCUCCGCGGUCAAGUUGGAAGGUGCGAAAGCGGACGCCGCUGCCCCUCCCCAACCGCCAUCGUCGAAGUCACCAGAGCGGCCGUCAUCUCCGGAGCAAAGCUGCGCCAUCUGUCUCGGUCCACCCGAGAACAAGUCAUUCACCGACAGUUGCUUCCACACCUUCUGCUUUUCAUGCCUUCUGGAAUGGUCAAAGGUCAAAGCCGAGUGCCCGCUGUGCAAGCAGCGUUUCAAGAGCAUUGUUCACAAUGUGCGCUCUUUCGAAGACUACGACCAGUACUUUGUGCACAACGAUGCACCCCAGGCGUCCUCAACGGCGAGCGCCGCCGCAGCAGCGGCAGCGAUGGCUGCAGCUACGUCGCGAAGCUCGGCACUAAGCAGUGCUUUGCUCCUGGCCCACCACCUCGUGUACUCGCCAAUGCUGCUGAGGUGGCACUCGAGGCCACGCCGGCGCUCAGUCCUGCGGAUCCCAUCAAGUUUCACAAGGAGCAGCGGUGUACGGACCAGGUCGAGCCGCUCAGCACCACGCAGUGCAGCAGCCACCGUCACCCAUGCGGGUCCCCUGCCUACCUCGAGCACCGAACGCCGAAGCCUGUACGAGCUCGACCUGUGGGUGUGCCCACCCAACAGCCGGCGCUCGACCCGCCACUUCACACCAGCCUUCUUUCGCGAGAACCCCGCAUGCACCCACCGGCUCAUCCCGUGGCUCAACCGGGAACUCUUGGCCCUGCUGGGAGGUGGUGAGGCGCAGAUCACCUUCACCAUCGAGCUGGUGCUGGCGCUUGUCACGCGGUACGAGGUGUGCAGCCUCGAGUUCGCCGAGCACGUACGGCCCUUCUUCGGCACCCGCACGGCGCACUUCCUGCACGAGCUGGCUGCGUUCGUUGCGUCGCCGCUCGACAUGGUCGCCUACGACCGGGUCGCCGUGUACGACACCCGAGCCAAUGUUGUGGCCCGUGGCGCGCCUGCUGCGGAGUUCCUGCAGACGCCGGACUCGUCGCCCGAGGAUGCCUCCCCCGUGGCGCCCAUAACGCUUGGGGUGCGCUCCGACCCAAGUCAGCCGGGUCCGAGUGGCCUGCACCACAAUGCGACGGUCAAUUUGGUGGAGACGGAAUCGGACAACUCGGACUGCAUAAUAGUGAGCUCGGUCAGGCCUGCAGUGCCGGCACGGUCGAGGACACCAGUUGUCAUCGAGUUGUCUUCCUCGGACGAAGGAGAUGCAGAGCGCCGCACCACCGCAUCAGCCACGGUUGUGGCAGCGGUGUCGACUGCGCCCUCGCAGCAGCUGGCCCGGAGGUGCAAGCCCAUGCCUCGGAAGAGACGCUUGCUCCAGUUGUGGUCCAGCAGUUCGGACACGUUAACGGCAAGCGACACCGAUUCCGACGAUGGUGGGGUCGACAGGACAGCGCAGCGCCUGCAGCGGAGAGCGGCCAUGAGGCGACGUAAGCGGUCAAGGGGGCUGCCACUUCGAACUGCCGGGGCAGCGCCAGCCAGUGCAGGGAGCGGCGCCCCCUCUUUACCGGCUCGAUCUACCACUGCCGCUGUUGGAGACCACCCUGGCGCAUCUCUGUCGGGCCAUCACGUGCGGGAAAAUGCGUUGCGAAGGAAUCGGACAAAAAAGUCUGUGCCAGCGACACAAGGGGUGAAUUCUUCCGACGAAGAGUACUAAGCCAGGCAUUAUGUCUCCUUUGUGGUUGACUGUGGUCGCAAUGUGGAGUUUAGAAAGUGUGAUAAUGUGCGAUGACUCCUUUGCCUUGACCAAAGCACGUGAAUGUAUCCUUUUAUUGUGCGGGCCUCUCUCUUUUUUUUUUUUUGUCCGACCCAUACUUUUGCGUCGCUCUCUUGAAGCUCGUGCAUAAGCACUGUGCAGGAACUUGCAUGUGCAGAAGUUAUACCGAAGAAGCCCCACUUAAAGACUGUGCAAGGACAGUGUCCUCAGCGAUUAGUGUCCUAAGCCAGGGACUUAGCACGUCUGUAAGUUGAAACAGGCUGCACGAUGUUUCAGCGUAUUUCCACGUAGUCGAGUUUCUGCGUGCAUAGGUUCCAGGUAUUUCUUAAAAGGCCUUGCAGGUGACAACAUUCCGGAAAAAUCUGCAUUGAAUGUGACGAGUUUUGUUUUUCCUUCGCACGGUGUUUUAGAAUUUCGGCAGAGCAGAGUUGGACUCGAGCUUUUCCUCAACAUUCUUCAGCGAUGUGCACAAGAUGCUGUGGUUGUUCAUGACUGGUGCAAAAGCAAGACAAAGCAAGUUUGUCAUGGCAUGAAGAAGCGCCUGGUUAUAUGAUUCUGCCAGCUUUACUUUAAUAUGUUGUGACUGUAAUUCAGCAGUAAUGAUCUUUCCGUUUUGGUGAAAUAACCUUUCUUUUCUUUUCAUUCCUUUAUCCCCUGUGAGAAAAUAAGGUCAGCAAGAACUUCUGCAAGGUUGCGAUUCUUGUUCAAUGGAGAGGCAUAGAAUUUUCUGGUAUAGAACAUGGGAGCGGCUCGCAGUUCACGCAGUUCCUGAAGUGCUGUCUCCCUGAAACGGGUGCCCACAUUUGGGGCGUAUUGCUUUUAGCUUGCCAUUUAGUAGCAUGCAUCGUGUAGCACAAGUCGAUGCAAGAACCUUUUCGGGAGCCUUUGAUUAGAGCUGGCGCAGUUGUUUUCUUCCUGGCAGUGACAUUUGUUCACUCAAGCAGUGUUGCAGUAAUGGAAGUUCUCCCCGCUUCCACGGACGGCACAGCCUCGACUUAUGCAGGUGUGUUAAUGUACGUUUUGAAGCGCCGUACACGACACCUCAACUACAAACUGAUUCCGCUACUCUUUUGUGGACAGUGGUGCCGUGAAAAAGACUUUCGCGCAAGCGUGUGCAAAUGUGACACUUGGAUGCAGCGUGCAUGACUUUCAUUGUACAGUGAGGAUCAGUGUCCACCACUUAACGCUGUGUAUCAUUGUCGCAAACUCUUCUGUCUUUGUAGAACGAGUGAAGGUCUUGCAAAUUUGACAUAUUUGGGCAGCAAGUGAAGCGGUGUUUGUCACAGCAGGUAAUUGCCUUGAGUACCCAACGUCGAAAAAUAUUUGUUUGUGUGUCAAAGUGGUAAGGGCAGGAGCAACGAAGCUGAGAAGUUGUUGAGGCAUGCGUGACUAGUUUAGUUUCCAUGGCGACAAUGUUUAGUUCAGUGUUCCUAUGCAACACCUCUUAACAGCCUAGUGUUGUUUGGAAGCGCUGCGUUUUUGCGCUCAAGGUCUGCAUUUUUUUUUUAUUCAUGAAGCAAAGCAUUAAAGGUGGGCUUAAAAAAAGAAGAAAAAAAAACUGGCGUUGGCAUGUUUCAGUCUAGCACAAUAAACAAAACUCCUACCGUGUAUAUAUAAUCAUUGCAGUUGGCUUGGUUUAGCCAUAUUGUGGACUGAUCUUGCUAGUUUAGUCGCAAAUGUUUGACUGCACCUUCGGGUGUUCCUGCUGCAGAGUGGGAAGGGAAAAAAAAUCAAUCUAAUAGUGCGAGUACUGCACAGCUUUUCUGAUAGCUUGUUAUUCCCUGAAAUCUAUGGUAAAAUUUAUUGAUUAUCUGGCUAACUUAUAUUAGAACUCCAUUUCUAACAUAGUCGAUAGUGUUAACUGGAGCACCAAUUCAUUUUGCCAUAGAUUUAUGAGGACAUAUUUCUAGAAAUUAACACUAACCGCAGGAUUUCUGCUAUAUAUGAUGCAUCAUUACUGCAUCAUUUUAAGUGUACAAUUAGAACAUGAGCUCUAAUGGGAUCAAAUAAAAGUUAUAUGAGAUUUUGUAAGUUAACUUUCUUGUUGCGACUAGAAUUGUGUUAAUUUUCUGUGCUUUUAUGUUUUAACAUUUUAUUUCAAGACAAAGAGCUGCAACAUACACUGCAAUACCAGUGGCAUAGCCAGAAAUUUCCUUCGGGGGGGGGGGGGGGGGGGGGGGGGCUCACUUUGCAGCUCGGCCUCCUCCUCAUAGAAAUUGUUGAGGGAUCAAAUACAUUAAACAUUAUUAAUAACUGCGUUGCCAAUGCCAGAGAUGCUGCAAACGAAUUCUUGAACACUACGCACUGUCAAGACUAGUAAAAUAGGCACUUUUUCAUAAAAGAAUACUCGUAUGUCUCAAAAAUAGUGCCCGAAAUAACUGAUAUCAAUGUUUCCAUAUUUUCGUUAUGUUUAAUAGGUAAAGCAUGUAUCACACGAACUUUAGAACUAUAUCAGUUUGAAACCAGCAAAGCGGUGCAUGCCGCUGAUAUGAAAAUUGUAAAGGCCAUGAAAUGAACAAUUUAGGACAAAUAUUUUAAUAAAACUUUGUUAGCCUCCCUGCCCUUCUCUCAUUUGCAUCUCUCUUUCUCUUUCUCUGUCAUUCAAGAACCUUGUUUACAUUUUUGUACAUAUGCAACGACCAGGGAAAAAUCUCAAUGACCCUGACCUUUGCUAGAAUGUAUUGUGCAGGAGCAGCUGUCACCGGUCUUGUAUUGUGAGUACUUGCUCCGAAAUUAUAGUCGCAAGAAAAUGCACAUAUAAAAAGGAGGAGUUCUGCAAAAUGUACGAGAGCGAGUCAAGUGAAAGUGAGCCAAUGCUAAUAUAUGACAAAUGGGGUACUUUAUUUAAAAGUAGUCUCCAUGAGCAUUUGGACAUUCGCCCAACUGACUAACGAGUCGCGCAAUUCCUGUCUCAUAAAACACCUUGGGUUGCUGCUUCGAAAAGUCUAACUGACUCUUUCACAUCAUCGUACGACACGAAUCUGGUUCCCUUGAACUGUUCUUUCAUAUGCUCCAAAAUGUGGAAGUCGCAAGGCAACAGCUCUGGGCUGUAGGGCAGAUGUUGCAGCGUUUCCCACUGAACCUUUCCAGUUUUGUAUUAACUACAUCAGCAACAUGGGGACGGGUAUUGUCGCGGAGCAAAAUGACCCCAUUCCUGAGUUUUCCAUGUCGUUUGAUCUUGAUUGCAACACGCAGCCGAUCCGCCGUUUCACAAUAUCGGACACGAUUGAUAGUUUCUCCAGGUUUAGCAGAUUCGAUCAAUAAUGGCCCCUGACGAUCGAAAAAAAAGUCAACACCUUUCCGGCAGAAAUGACGGCCUUUGCGUUCCUUGGGGGUAGUGAAUUUAAAUGUUUCCACUGUAAGCUUUGCCGUCGUGUUUCAGGCUCGUAGUAGCGGCACCAUGAUUCGUCCCCGGUCACAGUUGCAGAUAAAAAGUCCUCACCCUCAUCGUGAUACCGGGUUAGAUAUAGAUACAUAGAUAUUGAUUUUAUUUCCAGAAAUGCAAGUGUUCUGAUGGAUACCAAAGGCUAAAAGCUGUUGGAAAAACAGCUUGACUGGGCCGAUGGUCCGUUAAAAGGCAUACAUGGUGGUUGCAUCAAAAAUCGUAACAUUGUUAGACACUCAGAAUAAAUAAAUUACAUAAAUGCACAAUAACAAGACCGAAAAUAAUAUAGACUAAGAGAAAAAAACGUUUGAUACACCAGAAAAAAGGAAGUGUGUGUAAGGGUUACUAAAAAGCUAACACAAUUCGCUUUGACAGACUAAACAAAACAUAUCCGAUACACCAGAAGAUAGAAAUAUAUGUGUAUGGGUUACGAAAUCAGUAACACAGUUGUCUCUGAAAAACGAUAAACAAUCGAUCACAUGUUUACAAAAUGCAUUCGCAGUUCCUUGGAUGAAGUAGUAUGUGUACCUUAAUAUUUAUUUAAAAUGUAUGGUAGAUUAUGUUGUAGUGACUGUAGGCUAUAUUUAGUACGAAACCACGGAACAUACCACGUAUCACUAUUUCUUGUAUUGGAAGAAUUUAAUUUUGGUGUCAAAGGUACACUAGACACUAGGAAAUUUGUGAAGGCAGUAUUUGAGAAAUGAAAUGAAUUUAGAAGGCAAAAAGCAUAGAAAUAUUCAAUUUUUAUAAUUUUAUGCUUUAUGAACGAUGAGUCCAAGGCAGCACCGAACCUCUCCAUCUUCUGAUGGUGGUUCGAAAUCCUGCGCAUCCAUUGUGCACACAAGAGCCGACGACUGAGAUGUUCAUGAAUUAUGGUUCGACCCAAACCAUGACUGAUGUUCACACGCCCUGCCAAUUCAUCAGUGCUUAUCCUCCAUUCUUGCCUAAUCAGCCUUUGCAAUUGCAUUGGGGGUGAUUGCACGGUGGCUUUGGCCCGGUCUUGGAUCGUCUUUGCAACUUUCAAUUCCUUUGAACCGUUUGCUCCAACGCUUCAGAAUGGCCAAUGAAGUGCAAUGUUCAACGUACAUGGCAGCCAUACGGUGACUAAUUUCUUUUUAGGAAACAUCAUCUGUCAAAAACCUCGCAACACCAUGCAGUUCAACUUUUGGAGUGUCCAUUAUGUCACGUAACCAUGUUCAAGCCAGUGUAUGAGCGCAUUAAAGAACCUUGAUCCUCA